AGUCGUAUGCUGGGCCGUCUGCUGCAGGACCCCCAUCUGUGAUGCCUUUUGUGGUCGGAAGGCCUGUGCUUCGCGGUGGACUGCCGCGGGUCCCAGAGCUGUCAAGCCGCCGGGAGGACCGCUUCCCUUCCCGCUCCGUCCUGGGGUUCGUCCGGAAGCCCGCAGGCCGCUCGCGACCCACCACUCCCCUGGGAAGAGGAAGCUCCAGGCCGGCACCUCCCGGAGCUGCGGAGGAGCCGGGCGGCCAGGAGAACCCGGAGAUCUUCCCGGGACGAACCGCAGGUGGCUGAGUACUGGAAGCUUCAGCCCAGGGACCUCCCCAGGGACCCUAGACCUGCAGGGGGCUCCAAAUCAGGCGAGCCAGAACCAGCCAGUGAGCUCCGGGUCCCCGACGCCAGAGCCGAGGACCCUCGGGCCCCAAGGGAGAACCCCGUCCCCAAACAGUGAAGUCUCGAGCGCCCCCAGACCCUUCGUCCGGGACCCGCUCUCGAAGAAUGACUCCCGGGAGCCCGGAAUUGGGCCACUCGCCUCUCCACAGAGGUCCACCAGACGCCCUCCACUGAGGAGUCCUCAGCCUCCGUCACUCUGUCCAGUCCCCUGGCCCUGAGCCUGGCCGCCACCAGGAAAGCAGAGACGCCCCUCCGACAGAACGCUACGUCAGGCCAGCCUCGAAUCCCCGAAGAGACGACCCCAAACCCCGGCACCCCCCGGGGAAAAGACGCCGGGAAAACCCAGAUGGUCACGCCGGUGCCCAGUGGAAUCGCCCGCAAUGAGAGCCUCCCCGCCACCCCCGCCUUGCCCACCUCCUCCCCAAGCACCACCGCAUCAACCCCAGGGAUGAAGGAGCUGGUCGUGUCCGCAGGGGAGAGUGUCCAGGUGACCCUGCCCAAGAACGAAGUUCAGCUAAACGCGUUUGUCCUCCCGGAACCAUCAAAGGGAGCAAGCUACUCCUACGACUGGAAGCUGAUUACUCAUCCCAAGGACUACAGUGGUGAGAUGGAAGGGAAACAUUCGCGCGUCCUCAAGCUGUCGAAGCUCACCCUAGGCCUGUAUGAAUUCAAAGUGAUAGUGGAUGGGGACCACGCUCACGGGGAAGGCUACGUGAACGUGACAGUCAACCCGGAGCCGCGGGUUAACCAGCCCCCCGUUGCGGUCGUGUCACCACAGUACCAGGAGAUUUCUCUACCCACCACCUCCACAGUCGUGGAUGGCAGCCAAAGCACUGAUGACGACAAGAUUGUCCAGUACCACUGGGAAGAACUCAAGGGCCCCUUGAGAGAAGAGAAAGUUUCUGCUGAUACGGCCAUAUUAAAACUCACCAACCUCGUCCCUGGAAAUUACACCUUCAGCCUGACGGUGGUGGACUCCGACGGGGCCAGCAACUCCACCACCGCGAGCCUGACGGUGAACAAGGCAGUAGACUAUCCCCCCGUGGCCAACGCGGGCCCCAACCAGGUGAUCACCCUGCCGCAGAACUCCAUCACCCUCUACGGGAACCAGAGCACGGACGAUCACGGCAUCGCCAGCUACGAAUGGUCCCUCAGCCCCAGCAGCAAAGGGAAAGUGGUCGAGAUGCAGGGCGUGAGGACCUCAACUCUGCAACUGUCUGCCAUGCAAGAGGGAGACUACACGUACCAGCUCACAGUGACCGACACAGCGGGCCACCAAGCCACCACGGAAGUGACGGUCAUCGUGCAGCCCGAGAACAACAAGCCUCCCCAGGCGGAUGCUGGCCCAGAUAAAGAGCUGACCCUUCCCGUGGACAGCACCACUCUGGAUGGCAGCAAGAGCACAGAUGACCAGAAGAUCGUGUCCUACCUCUGGGAGAAAACUCAGGGCCCCGACGGGGUGAGACUCGAGGACGCCAACCAGACGGUGGCCACUGUGACCGGGCUCCAAGUGGGGACCUACGAGUUCACCCUGACGGUCAAGGAUGAGCGGAACCUGCAGAGCCGCAGCUCCGUUAACGUCAUCGUCAAAGAAGAGAUAAACAAGCCUCCCGUGGCCAAGAUCGCCGGAAGUGUGGUGAUCACCCUUCCCACCGACACGGCUGAACUGGAUGGCUCCAAGUCCUCAGACGACAAGGGCAUCGUCAGCUACCUGUGGACCCGUGACGAGGGCAGCCCGGCGGCCGGGGAGGUGUUAAAGAAUUCAGACCAUCACCCCAUCCUGUUUCUUUCCGACCUGGUGGAGGGAACCUAUACGUUUCACCUGAAAGUGACGGACGCCAAGGGGGAGAGCGACACUGACCGGACCACCGUGGAGGUCAAGCCUGAUCCGCGGAAAAAUAACCUGGUGGAGAUGAUCCUGGACGUCAACGUCAGCCAGCUGAGUGAGCGUCAGAAGGGGAUGUUCAUCCGCCAGAUCGGGGUUCUCCUGGGGGUCCUGGAUUCUGACAUCACCGUGCAGAAGAUUCAGCCGUACACCGAGCAGAGCACCAAGAUGGUGUUCUUUGUGCAGAAUGACCCUCCCAGCCAGAUCCUCAAAGGCGUCGACGUGGCGGGCAUGCUCAAAAGCGAGCUGCGGAAACAGCAGACGGAUUUCCUCAUCUUCCGGGCCCUGGAAAUCAACACCGUCACCUGUCAGCUCAAUUGCUCCGACCACGGCCGCUGCGACUCUUUCACCAAACGCUGCAUCUGCGACCCGUUCUGGAUGCAGAACUUCAUCAGGGUGCACCUGCGGGACGGAGAGAGCAACUGCGAGUGGAGUGUGCUGUACGUCAUCAUUGCCUCCUUUGUCAUCGUGGUGGCCCUAGGGAUCUUCUCCUGGACCCUGGUCUGCUGCUGUAGGAGGGGUGGGGUCUCCAGGCGGAAAGGGAAGCCCAGAAGGAAAAGCAAAUACAAGAUCUUGGAUGCCACUGACCAGGAGAGUCUGGAGCUGAGACCCAAUUCCCGAGGAGGCAGCAAGCAGAAAGCCCCGAUCCUCAGCACCAGCCUGAUGCACUCUGAGUCGGAGCUCGACAGCGACGAGGCCAUCUUCACCUGGCCGGACCGGGAGAAGGGCAAGCUCCUGUGCAGUCAGAACGGCCAGGCCAAGGCGCCCAAGGCCAAGGCCCAGCGGGAAGAGGCCUUGUAGCCAGCCCUCCGGGGUCCCCGCUCGGUCUCGGGAGGACAACGCCGCUGACUCGGGGCGCAGAUGCCGUGUGUGUGCGGUUCCUGUUGCCCCCUUCCCCGUAUCCCCAGCCCAGAUUGGAACUGGUUGCACUUGAAGUCAGGCUUUGGUCCUACCCGGAGAGGGCCACCGCUGAGCCAACAGUCCUCAUCUCCGCCCCUCUCCCAACCCUGCUGCGCCGGGGGUCCUCGGCUCACUCCCCUCGGCGGCUCCGCGGCAAGGGGGGCCUGCGGGAACCUCGAGGACCCCAGGGGCAGCCGGGGAGGAGGCAGGAGUCGACCCGCUGCCCUUCACUCCUGCCCGUGCCCCAGCCCUACCGCCUUUGCCCACAUCCUUCACGUUGGACUGAUUACUUUUCUCUCUGUGGGCCCUUCUCAGCCAGGGGGCGGGCGCUACCACCGGCAGGCGGGAGCUCAGCCAGGCCUCACCCUUCUCUCCGGCCACAGUGGAGCAGCAGCUGGGGAUGGAGCGCUGUCCCCGACCUCGUCCCGCCCGUGAUCGAACGGGCGCUGUUGACUGUCUUUGGCUUAAAUUAUUUGUCUUUUCACUGGAAUGGGGCUGCGAGAGCUGGGGGCGAACACCGGCCCGCACCCGGCAGGGCCUCCUCUGCCAGCUCUGCUGCCGCGGGCCCCUCUCACUGCCCCCCCCCACAGUCCUAGUACUGCAGCUACUGUCGGCACUUUAGCCUCGCUUCGGUGCCGGGUACCUCGGCCCCGCCCGGUUCUCCCCAAAGAGCCAGGCUGACCCACACGGUCCAUCCAUUUCAGGCCAGGCACGCUGCCCGAUCCCCGGUGGCCAGAGAGCCCGCUGCCAGCCUGGCCGGCGGGGCCCCUCUCCUUAGGUACCCGUUUCCGCUUCACCGGAGCAUUGGAUCGGGAGUCCUGCCUCCCCCAAGGCCGACCGGCCAAUUUCAGGUUUCUGGGCCACCUGAAACUGGGGCAGACUGGAUCCCUCCCUCCCUCCCUCCCUACCUCCUUUCGCCUCCAGGAAGACAGCCAGCGUCCCUCCGGAUCCAGGGUGGCCCGGCCUGGAACGGGAACACUUGGGGCGGUCGGCGGGAAUGUAGUAGGCUGGGGGGAGGUGAGGCGGGCGGGCCGUGUGUGUGUGUGUGUGUGUGUGUGUGUGUGUGUGUGUGUGUAAGCUUUCUCCAUUGAUGUUUCCUAGUAUUGCUGUGCACACAUGGAGUGAGUGAGUGUGUGUGUGUGUGUGUGUGUGAGCAUGCGUGCAUGCGUGCUCACGCAUACAUCUGUCCCCCAGUUGAACCUCAGUUCUUGUUCGAUGACAGUCCCCCCUCAUAGGGCCAUCUCCUUCACCUGGAAAACCUUUCAUCUCUCCCAGGGGCUGCAGGUUCCUGGGCAACUUCAUGUUUGCUAAUUAAGACCCGACAUUAGCUCCAUGCCCUCAUUGUGGGGUGGGAAGCAGGCGGGGAAAUUGUUUCUUUAUAGAGACGGAAAGAUAAGGGCAUCUUUUUUCUUUUUUUUUUUUUAGAAUUUUUAAAAAAUUUAUACUGCUGCACUACAGACCUGUUGUGAGAUGAUUAAAUAUUCUAUUUAAUUUUACCCGGACGGAGUUAUGUCUGCUGCCGGCUUAUUGAA